AUUUAGCAUUUUUAAUAAAGAAGGUAGGAAUUAGCUUCUGCAACAAUGAACCGCAAAAUCUUAUUAUACAUACAUUUAUUCUCGCAUAGAGAUCGGAUUUUCAUAAUCUUUAGAGUGCUGUGUUGCAAGUAGGAAUAUUCCCGAAUACUCGGAAGGAAUUUUAAGUACUGAGAUUCAAUAAUAUAAAUAGCCGGGCAGGCUCCUCGAGGUACAGUAGUGUUUUUCCGAUCGUCUGUAUAUCUCGCGCAACGUCUGUCUCGGCAUCUCGGCAAAAUCUAUUCAGGAUGUUAAAGGAGCUCGUUGUUCUUAUGAGCUUGAUUUUUCUGAGUUAUGCUUGUUUGAUUACGAAUUGUCCUCGUGGCGGAAAGAGGAAUAAUAUUGCAUCUUCUUUGGAAACUGUUGCGCGGGAAUGUCCUUCGUGCGGUCCUAAUCAUCAGGGUCAAUGCUUUGGGCCUUACAUUUGCUGUGGUCCCAGUAUCGGUUGCUUCAUUGGAACACCAGAAACGUACCGAUGCAGAAAGGAAAGUCUGUACACCAGGCCCUGCAUUGCUGGAUACGCAAUGUGUCGUGGAAAUACAGCGAGAUGCGCUUCAAAUGGAAUUUGCUGUUCGCAAGAAUCCUGCAACAUGGAUACGUCGUGCAAAAUUUCUGAUGUUGGCAACGAUCGGAAACUCGAUGCUAAUUUGAAUGUGAUACUCUCAGGCAAUGAAGUCUCUAGCGAUUUAUUUUAAUAAUAUAACUAAUUAAUUUCAUAAUUUCAUCAUUUAAUGUUCUGAUAUUUUAACUUAUACAAAAAUAUAACUAUGCAAUGUCGAUAAUGAAACAAAUAAAAUUGCAAAUCUAUAAAA